UCUCUGGAGCAGUAUGCCAUUAGGGCCUUCGCCGAUGCUCUCGAGGUCAUCCCUAUGGCCCUGGCAGAGAACAGUGGGAUGAACCCCAUCCAGACCUUGACAGAGGUCCGAGCCAAGCAGGUCUCAGAGAACAAGCCCCACCUUGGCAUCGACUGCAUGCACGCUAACACCAACGACAUGAAGCAGCAACACGUGAUUGAGACACUGUUUGGCAAGAAGCAGCAGAUCUCGUUGGCCACUCAGGUGGUUAAGAUGAUCUUGAAGAUCGACGACAUCCGAAGCCCAGCUACAGACACCAGAAAGAGAGCAUUCUGAAGGGAAUGAAACAGAGUGAAAUAACGAACCGUCACCGGCUACAACAGCAACAGCUCCACACACGCACAAAGUUCAUCCCUCCCUGACAACCUGAACUGCUUUUUUGCCAUGUUUGACUGUGCUGACAACAGUGACAAAACGCAGGCACUGCAGGGACCCUUAACACCGGUGCUGACUCUGAGGCACCACGACGUGAGACGGACCCUGCAGCAGAUCAACCCCAACUAAGCCACCGGACCUGACAGAGUACCAGGGCGGGUUCUGAAGCACUGCGCAGGGUAGCUGACUGCGGUGCUCACCAACCUGUUUAACACCUCCCUGCAGCAGGCCUCCGUCCCCACAUGCCUCAAGGCAGCCACAAUCAUCCCUGUCCCAAAAUAAUCAGCCACCUGGACCCUCAAUGACUAUCGGCCAGUGGCACUGACACCGGUGGUGAUGCAGUGUUUCGAACGUCUGGUACUGGGACACUUGAAGAACAGCAUCCCCCCCUCCUUAGACCACCACCAAUUUGCCUAUAGGGCAAAAAGGUUGACCGAGGACGCAGUUUCACUAGCCCUCCACUCCACCAUGACACACCUUGACCAACGGGUCAGUUAUGUGCGGAUGCAACACCAUCCCCCCCCAUAAACUUGCCACCAAGCUGGACCACUUGGGCCUCAACACACACCUGAGCAGCUGGGUCCUGGAGUUUCUCACCGGCCGACCACAGACUGUGCGCAUGGGGAGACAGGUCUCCUCCAAAAUCACCCUGAACAUCGGUGCACCACAGGGUUGUGUGUUGAGCCCCUUCCUCUUCUCCCUCUACACUCUCGACUGCAAACCCAGCCACGAGGCCAACACCAUAUUAAAGUUUGCAGACGACACCAUCGUGGUAGGCAGGACCACGAGUAACAACGAGGCUGCCUACAGGACAGAGAUAGAGAACCUGCUGAGCUGGAACCGAGAGAACAACCUGAUCCUCAACACAGCAAAAACCAAGGAGAUGAUCCUGGACUUCAGGAGGAGACUGAAGCCCUUCGUCCAUCACCCCAUCACCAUCGACGGCGAGACAGUGGAGGGUGUGAAGUACCUCUGGGUCAGCAACGACCUGACUUGGACCGUCAACAUCACGGCGACGACCAAGAUAGGACUUCAAAGGCUUCACUUCCUGAGGUGCUUGAAGAUGGCACGUCUCCCAAAACAGCUGCUGGUGAGCUUCUACAGGUCAGCCAUCGAGUCAGUUCUCACAUACUGUAUCACAGUAUGGUACUCUGGCUGUACCGCAGACAACAGGAAAUCUCUCCAGUGCAUCAUCAAGACUGAUGAGGAUCACCGGCACCCAGCUCCCCGGACUGGAGGACAUCUUAUAUUAAUAAUAAUAAUAAUAAUAAAUCAGGCUUGUAUAGCGCAUUGCUAGGACCCAAUGCGCUUCACAACAAAAGAGAUAAAUAAAGUAAAAGGGCUCCAAAAAAAAAAAAAAACUCAUAUGAAGUCCUUGUAGGCGAUCUUAAAAUGUGAUAGUGGACUACCCCAGGAACCCUGCAGACCCGGGGGUAGUCCACAGUGGGCUCAAGGCAGCAGCCCACAUUGGACUCAGGGCAGCAGCCCUUGGGGUAGUCCACAGUGGGCUCAGGGCAGCAGCCUUAGGGGUAGUCCACAGAGGGCUCAGGGCAGCAGCCCUUGGGGUAGUCCACAGUGGGCUCAGGGCAGCAGCCCUUGGGGUAGUCCACAGUGGGCUCAGGGCAGCAGCCUUAGGGGUAGUCCACAGUGGGCUCAGGGCAGCAGCCUUAGGGGUAGUCCACAGUGGGCUCAGGGCAGCAGCCCUUGGGGUAGUCCACAGUGGGCUCAGGGCAGCAGCCCUUGGGGUAGUCCACAGUAGCUCAGGGCAGCAGCCCUUGGGGUAGUCCACAGUAGGCUCAGGGCAGCAGCCCUUGGGGUAGUCCACAGUGGGCUCAGGGCAGCAGCC